AUGAUCGAUCGUCUCCACCGACAAGUCAAGAUCGCCCUGACUGUCACAGAGGACCGAGCGAACUGGUCGGACUUCCUGCCACUGGCGUACCUUGGCUUUCGUGCCGCAGUGAGGCCGGAAAUGCCCGGCAGCGCAGUUGAGUUGGUGCUUGGCAUUACGCUCCGACGACCAGACGAGAUGGUUACCCCAAAAUCUCGCGUUGCCUACCAGAGUCCUGGCAAUUUGUGCACGGACGAGGAAAAUUCAUGCGCUUCCUGUCUCUGGGUCCGUCACGAACUCCAUAGAACGAGUAUUAUGCCGAGAAAGGCCUGAUCAACUGUAAUCAUGUGUUUGGUGCGACCGUGUGCUCCAGUCGCUGGAAGUGUCAUGUGAAGGACCAUCUGAGUACCGCCACACGAUACCAAGACCUGCCAGAUCCUUUGCGGUGACAAGGAGGACGUAGUCAGUGUCGACAGGCUUAAGACUGUUGUUCUAGACGAAACGCUGGAUCAGGUUCACGGACAAAAAUGCACUGACCCCCUAUCCCCUGCUCCCCCAACUUCUUAUCUCUACUACUCUCUUUCUUUCUCUCCAUCCCAUCCGUACCGUCUGAUGGUAGCUGUUACAGCGGCACGGACAUUCGCACCACUCGUAGACGUCGACAAAUGCAUUUUCCCGGCCUUCCAUUUCCACCCGUAUCAACAAUGAGGACGUUCUUCCCAUGCUACCCAACAUCUCCGCCAUCCCCACCUCUAACAUCAGUGUUUCCGCAGUUUCUCCCUCUCUCUGUUGAAGCCACAACUUCGAAUCGUACAUUAGUCUUGUCAGUUAUUUGCGAAUCCACUAUACCGCCACCUGGAGUUCCCGCAUACACCCAUCACUCACAUGUCAUUUAUGAACACUAUACCAGGACAUUCGGCUAUCGCAUGGGCCUGCGGCAGUCUGCUCUCGUAGUCUUAAACGUGAUCGCACGCACAUGUGUCGCGUGUGACUCAGUCUCUCGGAGUGACGACAGUUUUACCUCGGUCGAGAUGCCCAUCGCUGAUUGACCGCGGCCAGACGUGGAUCAGGCGCACGCAGGCAUCUUGCGGCGUGACCAACGAAAUGAGCGGCCGGCUCAAGGUGCGGUAGGACAAUUGUUGUCAAUAACCCCUGACUCGCUUGUAGGCACCCUGCAGUAGCAAGGCCUGUAACACUAACACUGUCUCAUCCACUUUGUCAUUUGGUAACCUCUGGCUGUCUGUCGUCGUAUGCUAGCCGGUCUAUUCGGUCUUAUGCGCUUCAACAAAAGCCUUCAGUACAACAUUACUUCGUUCCACCUGUAAUCCCAAACAUGAACCUACUUCACCAGACGAGCGCACAUUACACGUCGCUCCUGCCACCGGCCUGCGAUUUCCCUUGCCAGCAUCGACACGGCAAGCGAAACAUCACAUGUAAAAGCGUGCACAUCCAAAUUAGGUGAAAAACAUGUCAUUAGGUGUAGCCUGAUACACAUUGAGUGUGAACCAUGUCGUGUGGCACGCGAAGACGGGGCGUUCAGCCUUAACUAGUUGUUUGACAUACCGACAGGCAGAAUGGCGCGUGAGAUAUGGAAGAGACAGUGAGAGCGACACUGGGGAACUCGUCCUCACGGUAGAUUAAUGCAUUUCUCACUAAUUAUAAAUUUGACUAUCUCUAACCUACCACCUUGCGAUGUGUCAUGGUUCGGAAGUGUGACAUGCGACGGGAUAAGUCGGUCCAUUUCAGGACUGAGGGGUAAGCUACAGUGGAUCCCAUUUAAUAUGGGCCAAGUGGUAUUCCCACACAACCACACACACGUGGAGUUUAAGUUACCCUUAUUGUAGCCUGACAAAUCUAAACGGGUGUCUUGGUGGUGUGUGGCACGUGCAGGCCAGCUAUUUAACCUCGUCACAUCCUGGGUCCCCACUCAUCUCCGACCAUCUCGACUUUACCUUGCCAGAAUGGCAUAGUGGGUGUGAUAGGAGAUAGUGAGAUGGGAGCAACAUAAGCCUACAUCCUUGUAGACAAAGUGGUAAUCAAGUCACCCUUGCGCCCACGGCCUGGGGCGGAGGUGGAGUUCGUCGUUCGUGGCGACUAUACUAUCCUGUUAACUUCCAUUUUAACCUGAUUCGUGAUUUCGUAUGCUCAGUUCGGUGAGGACGGUCCUGUCACAUUACUUAACUCGUAAGUCGGUAAGUUGUUUAUGAUUGUUGACUCCCAUGUAUUCCCUUCUGCCAGUUUUCUCCACCCUAUAAAAAAAGAUAUUCCUGUUUUAAGAUGCAUCUUUCGCCUGUCCACUUCUGCCGCGGACGUCUCCUGUUAUCUUUCAAUUUAUACUACUAUCUCAUUAGCACUUCUUUAUUCACAUUUUUAAGAUGUUACUCACUCCUACGUUCUGAUCUAAUUCCUGAUAAGUAUGUUUGCACUGAUCCCACUCCCUGCGCCAUUGCAACGUUGCGCCUCUCGCGCGUACUCACACUCGCAGUCGAGUUCUCGGCCAACCACGACAAUCCAAACCGGCCAAUCAGCGUCAAGGCCGACUUGUCCGUCGCUCAAGGCGGUAUGACAACUGUUCUCCUCCCGCCACCAACUUGUUCCAACCUGUUCUCCAGUCUUUCUGCACAGAAUGCAAUAUCCUCUCAACCGACGCCCAACUCCUUCUCGUUCUAUUCAGAACCGGGCCUAAAUGUCGCAGUGACUGGGGACUGUCUAUGGCUUAAGCUGCCCAUUCCCGCAUGCGUCGGUCUAUGA